AAUCAAGUAAAAAUAUAACAGAUCUUAAAAGUGAGGUAGCUAACAAACUAGAUAUGGUACUUAAGGUUAGUGAAGUACCUAGUCAAGGAAAUAACAAAUAUAAGAUCAAAUUUGAUGAACUAAAGGUGCUAUUGAACGAAG